UAAAAAAAAAAAGGUGACAUCUUUUGCUUCCCCCGUCGUCACUAGGUCAAAGCCAAGUAGAGCGACUCGAGAGUGAAAGCGACGGCAAGAGAUGGCGGAGGAGGAGAAAGAGUGGGAGGACUGGUGCUUCAUCUGCAAAGACGGUGGUAGUCUAAUGCUCUGUGACUACAAGGACUGUCCAAAAGCUUAUCAUGCCUCUUGCGUUGAAAAUGAUAUUCCAGCUGGAGAGAGUGACGAUUCUUCUUAUAUCUGCGAAUGGCACAGUUGCUACUUGUGUGGGAAGAGACCGAAGCUGCUCUGUCUCUGUUGCCCACAUUCUGUAUGUGAAAGCUGUGUUACUCAUGCUGAGUUUAUUCACCUCAAACCGAACAAAGGGUUAUGCAACCAGUGCCAGGAGUAUGUUGUUGUUUUGGAAGAGAUUCAAAAGUAUGAUGCUGCUGGGGAUAAGCUCGACCUAACUGAUACGGAUACAUUUGAGUGCCUGUUUCUCGAGUGUUGGGAGAUAGCAAAAAAACAAGAAGACAUCACUUUUGAGGAUGUCCUUCGCGCUAAACGUUCACAAAGGAAAGUUACCAAGUUAAGGCACAAAGAUGCUCCCAGAUCUUCACUCAACGAUGCACACACUUCAAAGUUACGGAAUCAAGUCGCCAAGCUGAAGCACAUAGUUGAUCGUAAGCAUUCACUGUCUGACCACAAAGACGUCCGCAGAUCUUCGCUCAGUGAUGCAUACACUACUUCAAAGUCACAGAAGCAAGUCGCCAAGCUGAAGCACAGAGUUGAUGAUGCGGAAGAUUAUAAAGCGGUGGGCAAAAACAAGCACACGGUGUUUAUCAGAUGGUGUUCAAAGCCGCUCAUUGACUUCCUGACAUCAAUAGGGGAAGAUACAAGACGUGCAAUGUCACAGCACAACGUGGAGUCUGUUAUCCUCAAAUACAUAAAUCAGGAAAACCUGCUUGACCAGAUAAAGAAGAAGAAAGUUCGUUGCGAUGAGAAGCUGUAUUCUAUCUUCGGCAAGAGGUCUGUGAAACAAAGAAAGAUUCAUAGACUUUUAGAUGCUCACUUCAAAGACAACCUUGAGCCGUUGGAAUGUAACAACCUUGAGCCGUGCAAGAAGAAGCAGAGGAUAGAAAUGUCACAUGAGAAAACUUAUGAGAAGGAAGUGAAACCACAAAUCUGGCCAACCAAGGCUUGUAAAAAUGAAGUGAAACCUCAAAUCUGGCCAGCCAAGACGUGUGAAAAUGAAGUGAAACCUGAAAUGAAGCCAACGGAGACGUGUGAAAAGGAAGUGAAACCUGAAAUGAAGCCAACGGAGACUUGUGAAAAGGAAGUGAAACCUGAAAUGCGGCCAACUGGUUUCGCUGCGAUCAAUGCAGAUAAUAUAAAGCGUGUUUAUGUGCGGAAGAGUUUGGUUCUGGAGUUAUUGAAGAAGCAUACAGAGAGCUUUGAGGAAAAGGUAGUGGGAUGCUUUGUGAAAGUGAGGAAUGACCCUAGGGACCGUAUACCAUACCAGGUCUUGCAGGUUACAGGCAUUAAAACUGCUGAUGACCAUAGUCAGGGCCUGCUUCUUGAUGUUGCUGGUAUGACAAGUAGUGUUAGCAUUUCCAAGUUGGAUGAUUCCGACAUAAGCAAGGAAGAGAUUGAACAUUUGAAGAAAAAAGUGACAAGUGGACUUUUGAGACAGCCAACUGUUGUUGAGAUGGAGCAGAAGGCUAAGGCUCUCCAUGAAGAUAUAACAAAACAUUGGAUUGCAAGGCAGCUUAUCAUCCUGCAGAAACGCGUCAACUGUGCUAAUGAGAAAGGACGGAGAGAAGAUAUUGCGGGGGUCUAUUGUACAUUAGACGAGUAUUUGGAGCAGAGAGAGCGUCUCCAAAAACCGUCAGAGCAGGAGAGACUAUUAAGAGAGACUCCAAGGAUCAUUGAAGACCUCAUUGAGAUUAAACGAGAACCAGCCGCAUCCUCAGAGAGCAGCAAACAAGGGAACAUGAGUGGUAUGUCUCAGGAGGCGGCGAUAGAGAUCGACUGAUGAGUGAGUAACCAAGAUUCUAAGAAACAUCUUCAAUAGAAAGUAGAUUGAUGUUCUUGUGGAUCUUUAUAUGUGUGUGUGUGUGUAGUUUGCGUUAGGAAACUAAGUAUGAAAGUUAGCUCUUCCACUAGAACUUAGGAAAAAAUUCGGCUAAUCUCUUAAUUUUGGCACUGGCAUGCUAUUGCAGAAACAAUGAAUCUAGGAGGGCUGCCUAUGUUUUGGGUACUCUUGUAUGAUGGUCAUGUAAGUAACAUGACAUUGUUUCAUGUUCAUGUAUGUUUUAUAGGGCCAGUGACAUGAUCCGUUCUUAAGAGAACUUGGAGUCCAAACUAUUUGCUA